AUAUUUAAUUUAAAAUAUAGUCUGCGUUCUGGUAUCGAAAAUAACCUAAAAUGAAAUUUGCAAUUUUAUUCCUAGUCUUCGCUUUCGGAUUUUUAGCCAUCGAAGCAACUUGUCCACUCGCCUGCACUAGAGAAUAUAAGCCAGUCUGUGCAGAACUGGUUGAACGUUUCCGCAUUCGCAAGUGUACCUUCCCAAAUAAAUGCAAUUUAAAUGCACGAAGAUGUUUGAAGCCAAAUGAAGCUUGGCGCGUACGUCAUCCAGGAGCUUGUAAGAGCCAAUCAAACCAAUGUAAAAAAUUGACAAAAUUGUCAUAAAACUAAUACCAUUAUUUUCAAAAAUUAAUAUAAACAAUAUUUAGUAUCUUAAACCUAAACAAUUAAUCAAUACAACUACAGAAGAAAAAAAAUUUUUCAAGAAUUUAUUAGUAAAU